AUGGACCUUUCCAACUUCUCCAGCCUAUCCUUACCUUAUGCUGAGCCCCAGGCUUCCAGAAGCAACCUCUCGAAGAUCCUGCUCACCCUGGCCCUCUCACUACUAGCGGUGGCCACUACCUGCAUCAACUCUUUGGUCAUUACAGCCAUUGCUGUGACCCGCAAACUCCACCAGCCAGCCAACUACCUCAUCUGCUCCCUGGCUGUGACUGACCUACUGGUGGCUGUUUUGGUCAUGCCUGUUAGUAUCGUCUACUUUGUGGAGGAGACCUGGGUCCUUGGUCCAGCCAUGUGUCACCUGUGGCUGGGCAUAGACGUCACCUGCUGCACCUGCUCAAUCCUCCACCUAGCAGCCAUUGCUCUUGACCGCUACCGGGCCAUCACCGAUGCAGUGGAGUACGCCCGCAAACGCACCUGUCGCAGGGCUCUGGUUACUAUUGCUGCAGUAUGGGUCAUCUCUGUGUUCGUGUCACUGCCCCCUCUAGUGUGGAGGAAGCAGGGCACUGAAUGGCCUGAGUUGAUUGAGCAGGUUGGAAAUGGACAAGAGGUAGAGGAUGGAGGGAUGAUGGUGGAUGACUCAUGCCUCAUUGAGCAUGAUCACGUGGUCUUUACUCUCUACUCUACCUUCGGGGCGUUCUACGUCCCACUGGUUCUCAUCUUGGUCCUCUACUACAAGAUCUACCGUGCCGCCACAACACUAAGCCACCGCCGCGCAGCUGGCCGCACCCUUUGCCAGCACACCGUCACCAGUCACAUCCUUCCUGCGGAAAACUCAGACCGAGAGCUUCCCCUUAGUCCUGACACCCUCAGUCCCACUGAGAAGUCCUUCUCCGAGCCGUCUGUAGAGGGGGACCGUGCCCAUAUCACCACCAACGCCUUCCAUCCACUAAAGGCCUGGCAACGGAGGGCUCAGCCUGGGGGGAGAGAGCAUAGAGCAGCCACCACCCUUGGGCUCAUCCUGGGGGCCUUUGUUGUGUGCUGGCUGCCUUUCUUUCUGAAAGAAGUGGUAGUUAACACCUGUGAGUCUUGUAGCACCUCUGCUGCGCUGGCAGACUUCCUCACCUGGCUGGGCUACCUAAACUCUUUCAUCAACCCCCUUAUAUACACAAUUUUUAACCAGGACUUCAAAAGGGCUUUCCAGAAACUUCUGAGAUGUGUUCACUAUUGA